UUGAUCAAGAGUCUUCUUCUCCAGAACCAAAACCUCCACUCAGUGGUGGUUCGCGCUUGAAUUAAACCCUUAACUCUAGAUCUGUAAUUCUCCAUCGAUCACUGAAGCACAGUACAAUCCACUUCCAAAUUCAAAGAAUUUCCAAUUUCUAGGAAUCAUGGAUCCCGAUUCAGUGAAAUCCACUCUCCAAAAUCUAGCCUUUGGAAAUGUAAUGGCCGCAGCGGCCCGCAAUUACCAAAAGGAAUUGCUCUCCAACGAGAAGGCGGCCGCCACGAGCUCCGCCAACCAGGAGGUCGACCUUGACGAGUUGAUGGAUGAUCCGGAGCUUGAAAAACUGCACGCGGAUCGGAUUAAUGCUUUAAAGAAAGAAGCUGAGAAGCGAGAAGCUUUGAAGAGGAAAGGACAUGGAGAGUACAGGGAUAUAACUGAGGGGGAUUUUUUGGGUGAAGUUACCGGAACCGAAAAGGUCAUCUGCCAUUUUUAUCACCGGGAGUUCUACAGAUGCAGGAUAAUGGAUAAGCAUUUGAAGACGCUUGCCUUGAAGCAUGUGGAUUCUAAGUUCAUCAAGCUGGAUGCUGAGAAUGCGCCGUUCUUCGUCACCAAGCUGGGAAUCAAAACUUUACCUUGUGUCAUACUCUUCAGAAAAGGAGUUGCUGUGGAUAGGUUGGUUGGAUUUCAAGAAGUGGGAACGAGAGAUGAUUUCAGCACAAGGGCGCUCGAGGUUGCAUUAAUCAAGAAAGGUAUAAUUAGUGAGAAGAAAGAAGACGAUGAUGAAGAUGAUGGAUAUCUUGAAGGCGGUCGUAGGACAGUAAGAUCGUCUGCGAAUCUUGAUUCGGAUUCAGACUGAAACCGGAUCCUGAGUUUUCAAAUGCGUUGUACACUUGUUGUGACUUCUAAUUUAUGUUACCAUAUGAUUGGGAUCGAUUUUGUUUUCUCUUUUUGUGGAACGCAUUUGCAGUGGAAAUAUCUUCUUCUAGGCA